UUUGAAAAAGUCUUUAUAUUGCCCCACUGGUCCACAAUGGAGGAGUAUCUGGAUGGGAUAAAGCAUUGGUGUCUUUCUGUGUACUUAUAUAUCUCCCAAUAUCUUCACAUUGCUCCUCCUUCCUCAUCCACCAAUAAAGGCAAGACAAUGGCUUUUUCGGCGACUACGCAGGGCGCAAUCGUGUUGACAAUCUUUCUGCUUCCAAUUCUUACGUAUCUGUACUGGGGUCGGAGUUCGAAACAGGCGAAACAGAGCAAUGCAGUGAAGUAUGACAUCAAGAAGAAAGUUGUUGACGCUGGACCGCUGCCGAUGCCAACGGAGAUCACGAGUAUAUUUGUACAUCCGAUCAAAUCUUGUCACGGAUUGACUGUUAAAAAGGCGAAACUGCUGCCGACUGGAUUUGACCUAGAUCGACAAUGGAUGUGGGUUACCGAAGAAGAUUUCAAAUUUCUCACGAUCCGCAAUCUCUCUAAAAUGACGUUGAUUCGGACGUCCUACGAUGAAUCCUCAGACACCUUGACUGUCACUGCUCCGUCUUCUCCCUCGGAUUCACCCUCAACUUCCUCACGACCCCAACAGUUCACAAUUCCCGCCCACCCAAAACCCACCUAUGAUCCAAGCACAGACACUCUAACCGUCACCUCUCCAACCUCUACGUCCUCCAACCCUUCUCAAAUCAUUAUUCCAGCACAUCCACCACCCAUCUACAAUGCAACAACAGACACCCUAACCAUUACCGUCCCUUCCCAAUCUUCCCCCUCUUCAAACCCCCCGCUUAAAUUUACUAUCUCCGCACACCCUACCUCUUCCGAGCUCAACACAUCCACGACCCCAGUUUCCGUCGAGAUCUGGGGCAAACGCACACCAGCCUACGCAUACCCAGCCUCCCUUACCGAGCCCUUCAACUCCUUCUUCGGCAAACCAGUCCGUCUCGUCUACAAGCCACCCUUCGAUCCAUCCGCAGCUCCACGUAGACUAGGAUCCAACGGCGCCGCCGACGUCCUAGGCCGCGACGCCUCGACAUGCUUCCCAGAUAUGAUGCCCGUCCUAAUCGGCUGCGAGAGCAGCCUAAACGAACUGAAUCAGAGAAUACGCGCUGCUGAAACGUCCACCUCCGACCCCACAUCCACUGAGCAAGCGCAAUUCGCUGUCGACAUCAGACGGUUCAGACCAAAUAUCUUGGUCAAAGGAAAUGAGCCCUGGGAUGAAGAUCGGUGGGAGACGGUCCGUUUGGUGCCGUCUCCCACCGAUACUGCUUCUAGCGAAGGGUCUGCUAUCGUGCUCGACAUCACGCAGCGCUGUGCGCGCUGUCAGGUCCCCAAUGUCGAUCCGGAUACGGCGGAGAAACAUACGCGGCAGCCGUGGAACGAGCUUAUGAAGUACCGACGCGUGGAUGAGGGGAUUAAGUAUAAGCCGUGCUUUGGGAUGCUUUGUGUGCCUAGGGAAGAGAAGAUGCAGGGACAGGUUUUGGGUGUGGUGGAGGUUGGGAUGAAGAUGGAGGUUUUGGAGGUUACGGGGGAACAUAGGUAUAUUGCUGGGUUUAGUUGAGUUCUCAGAGAGUAUGGGUAUUCGCGCUGUGCUUAUUUUUAUUUUGUAUCUAAUGAUGUUCUGUGUUGAUUUGGAGAACUUGUCGGUGGUUCAUGGCGGAUUUCCGCUGGUCUUUCUUAUCUAUAUAGUUUUCAUUUGGAAAUGCUUUUGGUCUGGACGGCCGACAUUCCGUUGUGUUCUUGGUACGUAAAUGCUGUCCAACUCUCAGCUUUGAAUUGAUACGAAAGGCCCAAUUGUAUAGAUUCAUAGUACUUUAAGAAUUUAUUCUCAUCAACCCACAGAGAGUCAUAUUUUGCACCUCCGUGUCUCUUGUUCUAUCCAACAGGAUACUCGCAGAAUUAUGUUGAUCACCACGCCAUCAAACUUGCUCUGAGCUAUCUAUCCAUUAACAUUCAGCGAAAUACGAUCCAACUUCCAAACCGACUUCCAAAUAAAUACCUACAUGUGUCCAACACUCAUAACUUUCAAAAAAUGCAACAACUAAUAGUAAAAUAUCAUGCUUUCACCGCACAUCACAACUCUUAGUAACCCUCAUACCAGGAUACGUACAACAUGCAAAGAAGCCGCUAAAACAAAACACCCAAGCUUACCGUCAUAGAUCGCCAAUCGCGUGUACCCCACGCAUUAUUCGAAAACAAACCAUCAUCAAACAAAAACCCUUCUUUUCCCCCCUUAGUU